GAGAGCAUCCCCUCCAUCUCUCUGCGUUCGGUUUUUUGACGAUCGUAACCAACAAGUUGGUACCAAAUUAAAUCGGGAGUUAGCUACAAAAGGCACGAAUGGCAUCAGAAGUUUGUUGUUUGAUUCAAGAUCUAAAUCUUAAUGAUCACUCUAUUGUUACCACAGGAGCUUCUGUUGUGGAAAAGGAUGAUGUUUUGAAGGGGGGUUUUGGUGGGAGUAAAGCGUAUGGUGAUUUAUCAAAAUGUGGGAAGCCUGCUAUGACUGAGGAGUCAUCACAAAAGCAACAGCCUUCUGACAUUGAUGAAAGUAAUAUCAAAAGGAAAGGAGGGGUUGUUACAGAGGAAGAUAUAGCAGAUGAAGAUUCUGAUUAUGAUUAUGAUUUUUUUGAUGAACGUGUCGUGAAGAGGUCUGAUCCAACUAAGGAAGAAAUCUUGGAGAUUAUGGCGUACGAGCACGAUCAUAAGAGAUGUAUCGAAUUACAGGAAAAGGCUUUGAAGGGGGAGUAUGCAUCUCAGAAUCCAGCUGAUUCUCCACUUUUCAAUUGGCCCUGGGAGGAGGAAUUUGAGAGCAAGCCGAUGGAUGUAUCAGAGUUGGUGGAAAUAUUAGAUUCAUUGGAAGUAUUAGGAGAAGUUGAUGGAACAUAUGAGUGUCUAGAUGCAGCCUUCAGGGAGGGGGUUGGCUUUUUUAAUUGAGCAGAGUUCGAUCUGGUUAUUGUUUCUUUUGGUUUUUAGUUAACUUGACAUCUGAAUGUAGAACUCUAUAUAUAUCCAAAAGCAAAAAAAAAAAAAAAAAAAAGAAGUUUUCAACUCUGGUAAGUGGUAACUAUGUAUCAAUUGGCACUCAUUAGUUACAUCUUCAUGCACCAGAAACUUGGAAGAAUCAUGGUUUGGCAGUACUUUGAAAUAUGUGCUUGGUGAAAGUGUCCAACUGCAAGGAUCUGGACCCGUUCUGUGGGAACCUUGUGUUCUUCUGAAAGUCAUCGUCCUUGGGGUGUCCAAAUAUGGCUUUAAAGUAGGCACAGAACAAGUUAUGUUGGAGUUUUGCCUCAAUAAAGGUUCUUUAGUGAUGUUUAAUUGUCACCAAAAUAAGGCCAAUUGGAUUGUAUGUUCAAGCAAGAAUCAUCAACACACCAGUCAUGGACAAACUUUUAAGCACUUUAUCAUUGUCAUGGUUUUCAUAUGAAGUGGAUCGAGCUACCAGGAUAACAGGCUAAAACACAUACUCGAGAGAUGUCUACGGAUGGUUACCAAACAAAUUCAAAAUAUUACAGUAUUACUAAAGGUAAUAUUGGUUUCCCAUUUACGACGAAAAAUAUGAACUCAGUUGGAUCCACUUCAGACGAACAAAUACAUGAGAACUAGCUGAACAGCUACUCUUCCUUGAACCUCUUCUCCACUUCCUCCAACCUUUCAAUAUCCUUGCAGUACUUACAGAUGCGAUAGAUGCACCUGU